AACCAAGUCCACGAAGGAAGCAGAAGAGAGCAAGAGAGCGAGCGCAGGGCAGAGAGGGAGAGUUGUGGAGGAGAAAGAAGUCUUUUUGUUUUUCAGUCUGGUUCUGAAUUGGACGAGAUUUCGGGGGGGCUGUUGGUGCCUUUUCUUUCAACAAACUCUUCACUCUUCAUCACCAGCCGCUCACCAGGUUUCACCAUGACCCGCCCCUCCACCUCUUCAGUUGGACUAAUCCUCCUUCUGAUUGGCUACGCUGCGGCAGGAGCAGAGACUGACAUGCGGCCUCGGGGGGUGCGUUCGAGUGCCUGUCAAGAGCACACAAACCUUCACAACCGUCUGGAUGUGGUGGAGAAGAAAGUGGAGGACACGGUUGAGAAGUUGGAGGCUGAGAUGGCUGCUCUUCUGGACGCCAUCGAAGCCCCAAAGUGGCGCUCCCUGUUGGACAAAGCGGGAAAUACGGCAGUGGAUAUCUUGGGAGACCCAGGGCGAAAGGUCUUGAACUAACCAGACAUCAAUGGAGGAGGGAUUCAAGGGGCCUCUUGAACUUGGACUUUAAAAGGAUUCAAACUGUUUCCAUGACCCAAAAAAGUGUUUAUGCAUUUACUGUAUCUUUUUCAAAAUGUUUUUAUCUUAAAAGAGGAGGCACAAGGCCGAGCUUGUCUGCGUUUUUUUACUCUUACUAAUCCCGUAACAGCAUCAUCUUCUUUUCCAGCCUUAGAUUCAGUUCGCCCUGCAGUCAAUAGUGGCACAGCUCAUGUUUACAGUGCUAUUCAAAGAGUUGAAUUAUCUUUACUCAGUCAAUUUACACCCCUGCUCUCUGUCGCCCUCUACUGUCUGCAGACAAACUGUGCCUCUGAUGCUAUAUUUGAGUAAGAAUGACAAAGACACAGUGACACCAAACUACUGGAAGGAGAUUUAUUUCUUUAUCAAAGCAGUUAAAGCAGCAUUUCUUUUUUUUUUGAACACACGGAGCAGUUUCAGUUGGUACAGUAACAAGGCUUCUCACUGAUUCCCCAUUAAAAAUCCUGCAGCACAAUAACAUUAUGCAAAGCGGGACAGAGAGGAAAAGAGUGGCACAAAUCACAUCUUCUUCUUAAUUGAUUUGAUUUCUCAACAGGGCACUGAGUUUCAAAGUGUAUCCACAAAGUUAAGACAUCUACAUUAUGGUACAACUCAAGAGCAUCCAUCGGGACAUGGCUGAAUAGGAGACAUGCUGUUGCUGGUCAAAUAUCAGCACAAGGCCUAACAUUAGAACACAUUAAGAAACAUGUCGGGAGGGUUUGCAAGCGCGGUCCAACGAGGAAAUGAUCACCGAUACCAAGGAACAAAUGUUUAAAAACUGUUGAUUAGUAUUGGAACUUAAGAGAAAAGCUACGCUUAAAUGAACAAAAUCUGUUAUUAUCCACUUGGAGAUGAUUAACAUAUAAUUACACAUCCACUUCAGGCCUAUGUUGACUCUGGCGGUGUGUAGAUUGGUUUAAUGAGUCUUUCAAAUGACUGAGCCUUUUUUCUUUUUUUUCUUCCCACGAAUGGAGACAUUCCGUGUUUUUAAUAAUGCAGCAAAUUCUGUGUUGGGGUGAAGUGAAAACCUGCCCCAGUUCCAAAUCAUCUUUCUUUGCUGCAGUCAGUAACGCAACACUUAACGCACAACGGAGCAUCACACACACACACACACACACACACACACACACACGAACGCUGACCUCAUUCCACUCAUCCAGCAAGGGUACGAGCCUGUGUAAGAAGCGUUAAGACAACCUACAGGAUGCCAAAAUGUACUGCAUAUCAUCUAAAAAUAUCAUGCCGUCCAUAUAACACUGGGAUUAUAAGAUUUUGUACAGUUUAAAAGUUCACAAAACUCAAUGUCCAGAAACGGUCACGCAGGCCAUACUCUGAUUUGGACUGUGUCUAUAAUUAGGUGAGCUGUUACCAAAAGCUUGUGCAUGCACAAAUCAGCCAGUAAGGCUCGAGCUCCAGGCUUUGGCAAAAACAGGCUUAUACUGUAAAGGUACAUGCAACAAACAAAAAACUAAAAGAAAAAGCGCAGGGCUCGAGACUAUUCAAUUCAUCAUUUAUUUUGGCGGACUUGGAAGAGGCCACUUUGUAUCCCUUUAAAGAAGCGUCUUAAUCUAAUCGUAGUGUAUAGUGUUUGUAGAGAAAUACCUCGACAUUUUGGAAAAUACAUGUAUUUGUGUUCUUUUUAAAAGAGUGAGAUAAGAAGAUGGAGGCCACUCUCGUGUCUGUGCUUUAAGUUCGAAGCUGUGGCUAGGAGGCGACUAGCCUAGCUUAGCAAAAAAAUACUGGAAGCAGAGCGACCGCUGUGACCUACAAGACGAGGGUCACAUGGCCGACGGGAGGAGCCAAGCUAGCACUGAUGCUAGCAAGCUAAUCUGCUGGUACAUUGGUAGUAGGAACUAUUAUUACCAGUGCUGGCUAUGUCACUUGAAAUGUAAUAAUUACAUAUUGAAAAUGUACUUACAACACUUUACUAACUACUAGACAGCAUAAGUAAUUAGCUACAUUACUCGAUACUCACUCAGCCGUGGUCCGUUAAAGGUGCCUUCCAACAACUCCAUGCGACAGCUUAAUGUCAGCUAGCUAGCUUAAUGUUAGCCCUACUGACUGGCUAUUCCUGAAUGUGGAUUGACCAGAAGCUAACAUUAGCAAGCCAGCUAAGAACACACAUGUUAAUAAUACAACUUUUCAAUUAAAAAAAGAAAACAAUAUGCUGUGAAAUGAUUAAUAGAAUGGAGUUUGUUGUCAUCUUAAUUAAAUAAGAUGUAUUUGGCUAGUCUUUUACUGGGCACCCCUCAUAAAUAAGACACUAGAACAGAAAUCAGAAAGUAACUUGUAGGCUACUGAAGGCAAUCGUUACUGUGGUUUUCAAAAUAGUUGAGUUGUAGCCCAGCAUUACUGUUUGUGCAUGGACUAAACACAAGACAACGUGUUAAUUAGAUCUAGGGGGUCUAGCUGCUUUCCCCUGUUUCUGGUCUUUAUGUGAAGCUACGCCAAUCACCUCUCUGCUCCAGCUCUUAACGCACAGACAUGACGGUGGUAUCCUCCUCAUGUCGGUCUUGUAAAAACAACCAAUGGAUAUGCAUAUUCAGCGUUGCCAGAUGGGAAAUGUUAAACUAUCGUAGCAGUGGCUUAAAAUCAUUUCGAGGAAAAUGAUCAUAACCAUAAGUUAGUUUUACGACUUUCUGAUACACCUACGAUGCAGUCUGACAAUUUUUGUAAUAGCCUACUAUAACAAAAGGAAAUCACAAGAUAGCACGACAGGAAGAAUAUGUUCAUAUUUUUCCUGAAAAUAAGCUAAGCUAAUUGAAUAGAUGGCUGGAGAGAGGUCACAUCAGAAGAGAUGCGUAAACGGAGAUGUAGGAUUCAUCUGGAAAUGAAUUGGAAUGAGGCGGCACAAACAAACUGCUAAUAGCGUCACGAUAUGGUUAAAUCAUGGUACAUUAUAGCACUAUGGGUAUUAUUAUUCGUACAGUCGGCAAAAUGAUCGUACAAAUGCGAUGGUUAUCGUACAUCUGGC